CAGCAUUAGUUUAAAAUAACAUUAGUUAAAAAGUAAAAACUAACAAAAAAAAACCCGUCGCUUCACAUAAAACGAUCGAAAGUGCUAAAAAAUGAAAAGCAACUCACUCAUCCUAGCUAUAUUUAUUACAACUCUUUGCCUGCAAUACAGCCCUGCAGCGUCUGCUGAGGCUGCGGCGACAACCGACGGCGAUACCGAUUACGCAAGAGAUGACUACUACUACGAAGAUGAUGCGGACGCGGAUGAAAAUGACGACGGCGGCGGCGAGGAAGGUGACGAUUACGAAGAUGAGGUGACAGACGGGGAGGCUGCAGAUAUGAAACCAGCAGAGCUGAGAGCACAACAACCCUACUUUGUAGAACCGGAAGUGGAAAUCUACACACAACCAGCCCAAAGCUUGCUGAUCGAUUGUGCGGUACAGAAUAUACAAGCUAACAAUGUGAUUAUGUGGUACAAAGAUAAAAUUGUAAUCGCGACAGGACAAUUCGUUAUGUACCCCAAUGUGGAUGUGCUGAAGAAUAACUCGCUGAUCAUUAAGAAUGUCACAGUUAAGGAUGCAGGCGAUUACUAUUGCGAAGUAUUGCCCGAAAGGGUGCGCAUGCAUGCGCUGUUGGAGGUCGACGAAAGUUUGAUGAUAUUCUGCGAUGGACAAGAAGUGACUAACCGCAGCUUGGUAUUUCGUCAAGGCGAGCCACAUCAUUGCGAAUGCAAGUACUAUUCACUGGAAAAUGUGCAAAUCAAGUGGUUUAUAGAUGGCAAGCGCGCCGAAACCGUGGUGGAGCGCGUCUUGGGCGAACAACUCUACAUUGACAAUGUGGACACCAUACAUGGCGGCAUCUAUCAGUGUUUAGCCGAUGAUCGUUCGCAAGAGCCACCGCAUGCCAUGAUCAUUGUUGAUGUUGUUUAUGCGCCCAAAGUUUCCACUUAUCGGCAUUAUGUCAAUGCGGAGCAAGGUGGCGAUGCUGAAUUGUAUUGUGAUUAUGCUGCAAAUCCAGCUGCUGAAGCGAAGUGGCUGCGAAAUGAUAAAACGCUGGAGAAGUCAAGAAAAUACGCCUUCAAUCAGGUGACGCAUAAAGGACGCAAUCGCUCGAUCUUAACGGUGAUGAAUGUGCGCACCAAUGAUCUGGGCGAGUAUACGUGUCGAGUGCAGAACACAAUUGGAUACGAUGAGACAAAAGUGCAUAUCCUUUAUGAACCAGAGCAUCCACAGCUAGAGGAUAUGGAGAUCAAUGGUAGAACAGCAGUGAUACACUGGUUAGUGCGUAGCAUACAACCGCUUUCUGAGGCGAUAUUGGAUUACAAGCUAGCGGGUUCAUACACAUGGAGCAAGGUAUCUGUGGUGCAUACACACCGUCAUGCGGAUAGUAGCAUUUGGAAGGUGACUCAUGAAAUGGAACUCACUCCGGGAAGCUGGCACGUGCGUAUGAGAGCGAAAAAUACAAUUGGUUGGUCGGCAUUUUCCGCACAACAUGAUUUCGUAAUCAAAGAUGAUGAUGAGAAUGAUGGUGAUAUUGUUGAUGCAGAUGAUUUGGAUACCACGGAUGCGCCGGGUAAUAUGAUAGCGGUGGCAAGUUUUGGUGGCAGCUCAAAGAGUACGAACAGCAGUGGUGUAGUGCGCAGUAUUUCACACACAAUGAUUGCUAUCAGUGGCGCUUGCAUGCUUUUUAUGUUCCAAGUUGGGUGUUAGACUAUACAAAAAUUUUGUAAAUAUUUAUGUUUAUGCGCAUACAAAAGUAUUUUAAUUUACGCUAAAUAUAAAAUAUUUAUUAAUUCAACUACAUAUGUGAAUGUUGUAAAAAGAUCCUAUAUUUAUAUGUAUAAGCGAAACAAUGGUGCCAAACAUAGAACUAUUGAAAGAAAUGUAUUUGUAUAACGAGUCAGAAACAUAUAUUUUAAAUAGGCCAUAGUAAAAUAGAGUUUAUUCAAAAAAAAAAUACGUGUACAUUAGACCGUACCACACCUUACAAGCAAACAACACAAAAAGGUCGCCAUACAUCCCUGAGUGUAAAGUAUUUUUGAAAGGCAAUUGCGAAAUUUUUGUCGCCAAACGAAGAUGUCGCCUUUUUACAUUUUUCGACACCUAAAAUUUUUCAAUAUUGAUAAGUCACUCAGGUCUAGUGGAUAGGCACUAGGACGGAGUACUUUAGGUCAAUGAAUUUUGGUACACAAAAAUUUUCUCUUUGACGAAAAAUGUAAAAAGAGAACCCCUACGUUCCGCAAAAAAAAAAAUGAUUUUUGUUUGUAAUUGACUUGCAAAAAUACUUUUUAGACUCAAAUGUGUACUGCGAACUUUUUUGGUAGGGUGACCCUACUAGGGUCUGAUGUACAUACAUACAUACAUAUUAUGUAUAAGUGACUGUGCCGUAAAAGAGUGCCAAAAUAUGUUAUAACUUAUAAGCAUAUAUGUAUAUAUAAAUACAAAUUAAAACAACCAUUGAAAAGGUCCAUAAUUAAGUUUCUUACGGGUGUAUGCAUUAAGCAGGGUCUACAAUGUCA